GUAGUUGCAAUCGAAUUUCUCGCAGUUCUUGCGCAAUUGCUGGAAGGUCGCGCUCCUCAUUGAAUGGCAUCGGCGACUUUUGCAACGAGGAAAGCGAUCCUAGCUACGGUGCCAUUUGGAUCUGAAGCUUCCUCAAUGAAUCUUAAAAUGGAUCAACUUUUUAAAACAGGAAAAAUAGUACUGCCUUGUUUAGCUAAUUGGGUCGUGUGGUGUCAAAGACAGAGUUACAGGUCUUACAGCAAUUUUCAUAAAAAACAAAAGCUUUUUCCACAAAUGAACCUGCGGGAUGACACUGAAGCAUUCCAGGAGAGUAGAACUGGAGAACCGAUGUGUAAAAGCCAAACAUUGAUGUUACAGACUGGAUUAAUUUGUCCUGCCAAUCCUGGAUGCUAUUACUAUAUGCCUUAUACUGUCCGAGCGUUGGAGAAGCUUAUCAGAGUUUUAGACCAAGAAAUGCAAGCCAUAGGUGGCCAAAAAGUGAACAUGCCCACGUUAUGUUCCGGAAAGCUCUGGAAAGCCAGUGGAAGAUGGGAACUGAUGGGCAAAGAGCUUCUGCGAGUGACAGACAGGCAUAGUCAAGAAUAUUGUUUAGGGCCUACCCAUGAAGAGGCCAUCACAGACCUAGUAGCUUCUCAAGGCUCCUUGUCUUACAAACAGCUUCCUCUUUUGUUGUAUCAGGUGACAAGGAAGUUUCGAGAUGAGCCGAGACCUCGUUUUGGGUUACUCCGUGGCCGAGAGUUCUAUAUGAAGGAUAUGUAUAGUUUUGACGUCUCUGAGGAGGCUGCCCUCCAGACCUAUUCUCUUGUGUGUAAAGCUUACUGCAACAUAUUCAGCCGGUUGGGACUUCAGUUUCUGAAAGUCCAAGGAGCAACAGGAAGUAUCGGAGGAACAUUGUCUCAUGAAUUCCAGCUACCUUCUGAUGUUGGUGAGGACCGAUUGGCGAUGUGUACCAACUGUGACUUUUCAGCCAAUCUAGAGUUAGUCAAGUCAGAUGAGAUGCGUUGCCCUGUUUGCAAAGGAGAACUGGUUGAGAAGAAAGGGAUUGAAGUGGGCCACACAUUCUUCUUGGGAACUAAAUAUUCCUCAGUUUUUAAAACUACUGUCCAAACCGCUGACAAUGUACCUGUUCUAGCUGAAAUGGGAUGUUAUGGGUUGGGUGUCACCCGCAUCCUUGCGGCCUCCAUUGAGUUGCUUUCAACAGAGAACGCCAUUCGUUGGCCGAACCUCAUAGCACCCUACCAGGUUUGCCUUAUUCCUCCCAAAAGUGGCAGUAAGGCACAGAAAACAACAGAACUCGUAGAGGAUUUACACAGGUGUGUUGCUGAAGCCAUACCCCAGCUUAAAGAAGAACUUGUGCUGGACGACCGGACUCAGUUCACCAUUGGGAAAAGGUUAAAAGACGCGGACAAACUUGGCUAUCCUUUUGUUAUAGUAUGUGGGAAGAAGGCUUUGGAUGACCCUCCUCUCUUUGAAGUUUGCAACCAAAACACGGGUGAAACCCUAUUCCUCACCAAAGAGGCCACGAUUGACUUGCUAUGUAAAGUCCAAAUUCCCUAAAGACUGGAUUGGGGGUGGUGAUGGUUCUAAAAUAUUAAAACUUUGUCAUAUGAAAGCAUACAGUAAUUUGGGUAUGGUGGAUUUUUUAUUGUUUUGAUUUCUAGUUCGUAACCCAGGUAUCCCAAUGAAGCAGAAUGAUGGUGCCUCUCUUGCUGAAGCUUUGCAUGUGUCACCCUUACUAGAUAAGGUGUAUAGGAAACAUGAUCAGAUAAGAUAAUUGUACUUUAUUGGAGGGUUACAUGAACAGAAUCCUUCAAGUUUGGGCAUUUC